GGGGAGGGGAGAGGCCGUCCUGGCUCUGCGGCCGAGGCGACUCAGCCUCCCCGGCUUCCCAGCGGCGGCGCGGGCGGAUCCGGAUGGGAACCCGAGUUGUGUGACGGUCCGCAACCGGGAGUCCUGGGCGGCGCGGAGUGCUUGCGUGCCUCAGUUUCCCCGCUGGAAGGGGCGGGGCCUCCAUGCCUGCUUGAGCUCCGCCCUAUCCGCCUUGUUUUUGUUUUUUUCUCUUCGUAGUUUGGCCGCAGAGUUGAAUUCGGUUGGAGGAGGCCGGCUACUCCUUCUGCCCCUUGCUUGUGACCUUGAGGCGCCGAGCCCUUCCAGUCAGCCUUGCAUUCCUGGGGAACAGAGGUUUUUCAGAUAGUAGCCCAAAUUCGUCUCCAAUUCCCAUUGAUCCCCCUGCUUCAGCCCCCCAAGUAUUAGGGGAAAGUCUUUAGAUUUUUGAGAUAGUAGCCCAAACUGGCCUCCAGCCCUUGAAAUGCCACCUUCUCGGCCUCUUGAGUGCUGGAAUGACAAGCGCAUCAGAGGCCAAGGAGAAAGAGAUGGACCCCCCAGACUCGGCCUCAAGGGUCUUCUGUGGCCGCUUCCUCAGCAUGGUGAACACUGAUGACGUCAAUGCCAUUAUCCUGGCCCAGAAGAACAUGCUGGACCGCUUCGAGAAAACCAACGAGAUGCUUUUGAACUUCAACAACCUGUCCAGUGUGCGGCUGCAACAGAUGAGUGAGCGCUUCAUGCACCACACACGUACCUUGGUGGACAUGAAACGGGACCUGGACAGCAUCUUCCGCAGGAUCAGGACACUGAAAGGGAAGCUGGCCCGGCAGCACCCGGAGGCAUUCAGCCAUAUCCCAGAGGGUUCAUUCCUAGAAGAUGAAGACGAAGACCCCAUCCCGCCCAGUAUCACCACAACGAUUGCCACCUCCGAGCAGAGUACGGGUUCCUGUGACACCAGCCCAGACACUGUCUCACCAUCCCUCAGUCCUGGUUUUGAGGACCUGUCACACAUGCAACCUGGUUCUCCUGCCAUCAACGGCCACAGCCAGACAGAUGACGAGGAAGAGAUGCAUGGAGAAUAGCCCCUCCCACCAUCCCAGAAAGGCUCAGGGCAGCCCUGCUCCUCCUGGGGUCACAACUAGUCAGCUUUGCUGCCCCAUUCUGUCACAGGCAGGGUCCCUAAACUCCUGUCCCUUACCCUAAGAAUGGGAUUUCCCCGUGCCAGCACAUGCACCCCAGUUGAGGUGGUGGGCUGGGUCCAGGUAGCCUGGAGUUCAGCCUGGGCCAGCUUUGAACAGUGAUUCUACGGUCCCCACACACCAAAGCUAGAUGCCCCCACACCCUGGGGGCCUGGAGGUGGAAGGUGCCAGCAGGGCUGAGCUUGUUCUUACCCACUGACAGCUGCUGGCUUAGUUCUGGCCUCCCUGCCUCUGUGGAGGACUUCUUCCUGUCAUGUUGGAUUCUGGAAGGCUAGAAGGGUCAAGAUAGAGGCGGCCAGACUCUGGGGAGCUGUUUCUCACAGGUCCAGCAGGCGUCUCCAGAGCUGGCCAGCCACUUUAGAAAACAGCUGAAUGGGCUAUUUUUGUACCCGAUGUUUACAGAUGUUGGGAAGUUAUCAAUAAAGACUGUUAUGAACAGGGAA